CAGAGGUCCAUCACAGAGGAGAGAAGAUGCUCCGCGCGGCACAUCACACACACGUGUGAUUAUGAAAUGAUAUGACGACUUCACAGCGACCACCGAACAGAUGCCUCGCGCCGUUUCCCUCUAUUUCCGUUGCAGGAUGACCUGUCAGGUGCUACGUCCGUCUCGGUCCACAUCAGGAGCCGCGCGCGGUGUUGCGUCUGUGUGUCAACUCAGAAGAAAUGCCAUCUCACCUAAGUGAUCUUCCGUCUCUACCGCUCGGAUCAUUUUUUCCUCAGCAGGUCGGAUCGCUUUGCUUUUGAUGUCCCCGUGGCCACUGAUUGAAUGGCUGUCAUGACUUGUGCCCUCAGGACUGUGAAGCUACGAAAGGAGGAUGAAAACCCCCCGUUUGGUGUUUAUGCGUCCUUUUAACCUCUCGGUAAUUACAGCCGGUAAUUAGACUGGAGCCUCGGUGAAAAUUUACUGAAUCAACAAUGGAAGGACCUUCUGUGUAUCCACAUAAAGGACAAAGAUGUUUCCUGGCUGUGACUUUAUUUAAACCUCGCCAUGGGGACGAGUUCGGGCUGAGACACGGGGAGAUUUGAUAACACAGUAGAAGAGACAGAGCCUGGAGGCGAAGACAUGGUCAUCACUGAUAGAAACACCGGCACCCCUGUACCCAAGAAGGAGCCCCAGAAUAAGACGAGGAGGAAGUCUCGCCCUCAUGGCCUGCCCUCUCCGGCACUCUGCUGUGCCUGCGGCCUAUGCAUCAUGCUGGCUGGACUCAACAUCACCCUGGUGGGAGCGUUCGCCUUCACCACACUGGUGCCUUCUGCCAAUCCCCCGAUCAUCAUUGGACCUAUCCUACUGCUGGUGGCCUUCUCCUUUUUCGGGGCCUGUUGCGUGUGCAGCCGCCUCCCCCCUCCCCACAGCUCGCGGAGGUCUAAGGUGGGCGGCAGGGGCGCCGGGCUGAUGGGACAUGGCGGGCUGGCUGGUGGGGCAGCGUUUGAAAUAGAGACCAGUGAGCACACACUGCAGGAUACCACAGCUGUGCAGCUCAGCCCCACAUCCUCCCCGGGAUCGUCCCGGGCGUCCAGCCCAGAAAAGGAGGCUCCCGACGCGGCCCUGCCAGGGUCCUGCAAGCUCUUCACCAUGGAGACCAACGGCCCUUCUUCUGUUUCCGCCACCGCAGUCUAUUCAGCCUCCACAGCAGCAGGAGGGGAGGUGAGGCUCAACCUACCACGUGAGGAAGUGGUCACCUAGCAGAGCAAAAACUCUUCCAAGGCCGGAGCGCUGCCAGUGUAAAUAUCCUUCUGGGUCGAGGGCUUGCUGAGUGUGAUUGUGUCCUCUAUUUAACGUAGUGCCAUACUUCUGGUUGUGAACAGUAUGCUUUUGAUUUUCUUGCUGUGCAGCCAACUGGUAAUUAGCAUGCAAAGUUAAUGAAACAUCCAAGUGUUUGUGGAUCAAAGGUUUUGGAAUUCAAAUUCCUACCUCUCUUGUGCUGUUUUUUCCUACAGGUCUAUGUUUUUAACGUGGGGCAUUAUGAACAGUUUUAGUGUAAAAAUCAAAGUGUGCGAAACCAUAAACAUUUCUCUUACACUGCUAACCUCAGCUGUCGGCAGUGAUUUCAGAGGGCUGGAAUGAAAAAAUAUGAUUGUUGAUUUGUUCUGAAAACUUAAAGAUGAGAUGUGAAAGGUCAACGGUGAACCGUGCAGGUACGUUCAUAGAGACAUUUGGCAUUUUGUCUGCCAUUCUCAGUGCUGAACUUGUUUUGGGGGCGUCAGAUAUUAUAGGUCAAAGGGGUCCCAAAGCAAUAUCCUAUCACCUGAGAUUAAAUUCUCUGUAUUUACAGUUCUUUUCACAAGUAAGUGGUCACACACUACUUGUCUACAGCCAAUACAUUUCUAAUGAACAACGGUGCAUAUAGAGCCGAACAUGUGUACGAUGUUGGGUCACACCAGCAUCAGUGCUGUGAAUAUUAUGUUUCUCACCACGUUGUUUUCUGAUUUCAUUUUCAUUGACAGUAGUCGCAACUCAAAUCACAGUUUUAAGGUCACGGUCAUGUUGAUAUUUUCAGUAAUUUAUAUACAGUGUAAUGCAGUUUAGGUCAUGAUCCAGGUGGAGCAGGGACUUACCUCACUGUAAGGCAUAACAGUGUGUCAUAAUGACGAUUUUUGUUGUCAGGAAUUUGAAUUAACAGUGGAAACUCCACGCAGGAAUGUUUUACAAACGUGAACGUGAAUUUCACAGUAUGGAAUUCUUGUUCUCAAUGUCUGAUAUGACAGACUUUCACUUCAUAUUCAGCAGAAGUUAAAGGUCCAGUGUGUCGGAUUUAGGGGGAUAUAUUGGCAGAAAUUGAAUGUAAUAUUCAUAGCUAUGUUUUCAUUAGUUUAUAAUCACCUGAACCUAAGAAUCCUUGUGGUUUUGUUACCUUAGAAUGAGCCAUUCAAAUCUUUACAGAGCAGGUCCUCUCCCAAGGAGUUUGUGACACACCAAGCCGACAGUUAGCUGUAGGUCAAUGCUGAGCUAUCUGUGAGCAUCUGUCACCGUAGUUCUGUGUGUCCUGCACUGUUGGCACUUGUCGGCCCUUUUCAGCUUUUGUUCAGUUGACUCAGCAUGUUGAAUAUGAGAUGGUGGAGCCCGGCGGUGAGUAAAAUCACUGUGAUUGGCCAAAACAUUCUCAGUCGUUACAUACUGACGUUUGGUCAUGGACUUUCCAUGUCCACAUAGAACGUGCAAGGUACCCUGGGUGUGUUGGUUGUUGAUCUGGUACACCGUGUCAAGUUCUGCCUGGUACAUGCAUUGUCUUCUUUCAAAAAACACUUCUGUUUUCACAGGAAAUUUAACGUUUACAUACAGUCUCUUUCAAAAUAAACGCACUAUAUCGGUACACAAAUUGGAUUUCGAUGACUUCAGAGUGAGACCAGGCUCAAUUGGCAGUUCAGCUCAGCGCACAAGAAAAGACACAAGUAAGGAAAGCAAAUACACAGCUAAAGUCCAAAGGGAGUGAGAUCCAAACAAACUUGUUAUAUGAGGUAAGAUUAUUUUUUUAGUCAUUGAGCUCUUUAACAGAAACAGUUUGUAAUUGUUUGAGUUAUUGUUUGCUGGCGCAUGAUAAAUAUAGUCAUUUCCUCUCACAGACACAGAACAUACAUGCUAGUUCGCCGUCUCUGUAGUCAUUGUGGUGUGUUUACUUGUCAUUUGGUGGCAGAGACACUUGAGUCAAUGCAACGGCGGGCCUUCGUCGCUACUAGUUCUGUGAUGUCGUUUUGGUGUGUCUGGACCUCACAGUAGUCUGGAAUGGACAAAUCAAACACUGGCUCCAGAUAGGGCCAUUUGUGUUUUAGUGUCGACCACCAUAGUCCCCCACCAGGUAUUACUCAAAAAACCAGAUAAGAAAAGAGAUAUGAGUUUGUCCCCAUUCUUGCAUGAAGAUAUUUGGACAGAUCUAGACCUUUGAAUUCAUCCACUCCACAAAGUUGACUUGGACUGAGCAUCGCAGUGUGUGCAUGUGAGUUUACAGAGAGAGAGGUUGACUAUUUGAAUGUUUCUGUAAGUCUGUAAGUUAGGUUAUUAACAACUUACUCUGAACGCUGCUAUCUCAAUUGUUUUUGGGGUUGCCUCAAAAUAGUAAGGCCAGUUGGGAAGCUUUGGCAGGCCGUAUGUGGCCAGUGCGCCGUCAGUUGAUGAUGAAUGUUCUACAUGCUACGCACAGGGGAGAAGUUUCAUUUGGUUGCAAUGUGCAACCUCACAGCUAGAUGCCACUAAAUGCUACACACUGAACCUUUAACCUUCUCUGGACCUUGUAUAUACAAUAUCGGCAAGCCAAGAAGUCUGACAGAGUUAAGAUUUUCAGAUUGCAUAAAAAAAGUAUCUGUUCCCCAUCACUGUGAUGUCGUCUUGUCAGCUAUGAACUCGACUGGUCAAAAGAGACAUUAAACCCUGAUUUCCUUUGAAAGGAAAGUUGCCUUAGACUGAGAUAUCAGGAUCAAACUAAUGAGGGCUAUAACAAAAGGGCACAAUAGCAUUUUUCCUCAGAAAGCCUUUGUUCGGCUCUGGAUUUCUAUUCCAUAUUGUUAGGAAAGCCUCAACUAGUGUCUGUUUUUAUUUCUGUGGGUAUAAUAAAUGCAUGCAAACGGCUUCAGUAUUCCAUCUCGGCAGAAACGAUCUGGAGAAGCAGGAGAGUGAACACCUACAUACAGACACACAGUGCAGUGACCAGAGUGUUCCUUUAUACGGUGUUAACCUUCAUUAUUUGUGACACAGCUCCUCAGAAGGACCAGUUUCUCUGUCAAAGCUCACUCCCUCUCGUGCUGAGCUUAUUUUUUUGCAUGUUAAGAGAACUGAGUCAUGGAAAUGCAAACACCCUGUUGUGAACUCGUGGUGUUAUCUGUGUGUUUUAAUUUGUGUAGCACCUCUGCAGAAGUCUGGAAAAUGUAAAGGAUAGAGUAUUUUUGUGAAGAUCAUAAUUUGUUCAUUUAAAAAAAGAAGUAACCA